UCUCAUGUAUCUGGACUCACAAUUCCAUUUAACUUUUUCUUCUAAUAUUUCUUAUGUUGAAACAUUUGACGUUUUGUAUACGGCAUCUCUCUCAAGCCUAUGUAUAAUAUAGAUAUAUGUACAAUUGCUCAUUUUACAGUACUAGAAAUCCUGCCCAGCCUUCUUGGUUGCUCGCCAUCAAGCCUACCUACUUCUAAUGUUUUUUUAAUUCUUCUAUACUUAUUUCUUGGAUUUCAUUUUCUGUUGUCCAUAACUAUAUAAAAGAAUUUUCUUUUAAUGGAGAGUCAUCCAACUCUUUUUCUUGAUUCGUCUACCACAGUAGCAGCUGCACCUUUCUCCUCAAACAUGACUAACUCUGAUCAUGCCCUAAAUGGUGGAUUUUAUAACAGUAAUGUCCCGGAUAGAUAUAUGGGUUUAAAGAGGGAAAUCAAUUUUCCUAUAGCACAUGUUAAUGAUCGCAAGAGCAUUGUACCGAUGGAAAAUGAUGUUAAAUCUGGUAAGAAAAAGUGCGACGAGAAGAAAACCAGAAAACCAAGAAUUGCUUUUCGAACAAGAAGCAAAGUUGAUAUACUGGAUGAUGGCUAUAGGUGGAGAAAAUAUGGCCAAAAAGCUGUGAAGAACCAAAAAUUUCCAAGAAGCUAUUAUCGAUGUACUCAUCAAGGGUGUAAUGUUAAGAAGCAAGUGCAAAGAGAAUCCAUGGAAGAAAGCAUUGUCGUCACAACAUACGAGGGAAUGCACGUGCAUCCAGUAGAGAAAGUUAGUGACAAUUUCGAACAAAUUCUCAAUCAGAUGCAAAUUUAUCCUGCUAUUUGAUCAAGUUAAUUAAUAGUGAAGGAUAUGUAUGUAGAUAAGACGAACAUUUUAUAUGAGAAAUGAUUAUGAUGCAACUUUGUUUAGCUUAUACUAAAAACAAAAACAUGACAUAUAUAUCAAUUUCGUAGUAAACUUAUCUACCAAAUAAUUGAUAUGUUAUGUCAACGUUACUUAGCAUAAGUUAAGCAACUUAUUCUUUUCA